AUGCCAUUAACUAGGUCGAAGAGUCUUCCGGCGACGGAUGCGAUGCCGGAGAACGGUGGAUCCGAUCGGGAAAAGCUAGUAUCGGGGAGAUCGGUGGCCGGAAUCCUCUACAAAUGGACUAAUUACGGUAAAGGAUGGAGAUUCAGAUGGUUUCUCCUCCGCGAUGGAAUCUUAUCGUAUUCGAAGAUCCGACGGCCGGAGAAUGUAAAUCUUGUAUCUCCGUCUGAUGAUGUCAGGUUAAUCGGAGAUAUUUCUACUGAUCGUCUCACGAGGAUGAAUAGUUGCAGUGGUCGUGGUCGACGGAAACAUCACAAAACAAUUGGCAUUGUUCAUCUCAAGGUUUCAUCUUACCGAGAAAGGAAAUCUGAUAAUAGAAAGUUUUAUAUCAUUACUGCAAACAAGACUCUUCAUCUGAGAACUGAUUCUAGAAGUGAUAGAGCAGCAUGGUUACAAGCUUUAGCAUCUACCAAAGGUAUCUUUCCUCUCCAGUCAAUUAGUGGGGAUUUCUCCUUCGUAUCACCAAAGGAUUUAUCCAUAUCUACCGAGAUAUUAAAGAAAUGGCUGCGUGAAGAGGGAAUAAAUGAGAGUCUUGUAAAAGAGUGUGAACAAAUAGUGGAUUCAGAGUUCUCUGAAGUUCAAGAACAAAUUAAACUUCUCCACGAAGAACGGACAAAGUUGCUUGAUGCAAUGAGGGAGCUAGAGGUGGCUAACCUUGAAGCGGAAGCCUCAGGGAUCCAUGACAGUGCCUACCAAUUAACAACUCGUAAAUAUUCCAGCUUAGAACGUAGAAAAUAUAGUGAAUGCAGUACAAGUGCUUCAUCUGAUGAUAAGCAAGAGUUUGAGGAUAUCUCGGAGGAAGAUGAGCCUUCCUUCCAUGACACAAAGGAGUAUUUUAGCGAACCUGAUGUUGGUUCUGACCACAUGCAUUUCAAGAGACGAACAAAGCUUCCUGAUCCAGCAGAGAAAGAGAGAGGUGUCAGUCUCUGGUCUAUGAUCAAAGACAAUGUUGGAAAGGAUCUCACGCGAGUUUGUCUUCCUGUUUAUUUCAAUGAACCAAUAUCAUCCCUCCAAAAGUGUUUUGAAGAUUUAGAGUACUCUUAUCUCCUGGACCAAGCAUACGAAUAUGGAAAAUCCGGGAACAGUCUCCUUAGAGCCCUGUAUGUUGCUGCUUUUGCGGUCUCUGGUUAUGCUUCCACUGAAGGACGGCACUGUAAACCUUUCAAACCUUUGCUUGGAGAAACUUAUGAAGCCGACUUUCCUGAAAAGGGAGUUUGUUUCUUCUCUGAGAAGGUCAGCCAUCAUCCAACAGUCAUCGCCUGCCAUAGCGAAGGUAAAGGGUGGAAGUUCUGGGGUGACACAAACCUGAGGUCAAAGUUUUGGGGGAGAUCGAUUCAACUUGAACCCGUUGGAAUCUUGACUCUUGAGUUUGAUGAUGGAGAGACUACAAACCAGUGGAGCUAA